AUGUUGAUCCUGGACAAGAGCGACCAGGAACUGGCAUCUGGUUUUUUUGGGCCCUAUGGAGUCGUGUGGCACGAGGGUCCGGGCAGGGAGAAAGGCGAAGUCUUCGACAAUUUGGACAAAGCCAAAAACAGGUUUGCAGAGCUGGUUAAUGGCCCUUAUGCCGCCAUGCUGGCCGACAGCAGGUCGAACGAAGUGGACUACUACGGAGGAGAUCAUGUCAAGGGAGAGCUGGUAGAGUUUUGGCAUCAGCUGAAGGCAUCGGCUAGCCCUUAUUGGGUUUUGUGGCACGUGGACUGGCAACAUGUGGAAGGAGAUCACUUCGGAAGCUAUGGUGCAGCCCAGGACAAGUUUGACGAGAUGCAUGGCGGACCGUAUGCCACCAUGUUGGCUGACAACAACUUCAAGGAGAUGAAGUACUAUGGAGGACGUGGUCCCCGCCCGGGUGAGAUGAGGGAGUUCUGGCAGCAUGAACAGGCCUGCAUCAGCAUGGAAGUGACGGCGAUCAAGAUAAAAGAGCGUCGGCAAUGUCUGGAAGUUGAGUUUGUCCGAGCCGGCAAAACAACAGACGAAGACGAUCGAACAUUCAUUUUGCAACCACGCGAGGUUGUGACGGAAGUCCGCGGGGCACAAACCGAGCACUUGCUGGGAGUGCAAUUUGUGACAGACCAGGGCCGCGAGUCUUCUAUGUAUGGCGAUGAUAGCACAGGCAAGAAGUUUGCGUUCAAGGCCCAGCCCGACCAGUUUGUGGCCGGCUUGCUCCUUGCUUCCGGAGCUUGUUCACGGAUAACAGGCUUGUCGGGGUGCCGAAAGAAGGCUAUCGAUCCCUCCCUCAAGUUGCAAGACUGGAUGGGAAGCAAAGGUGUUUGUGAUCGCUGGGGGGGCAUCUCCGUCGAUUCUUAUUGCAAAUGCACGCACGACAGAAGGAUUUCUCAGAGGUGUGGUUGGCCCCUCGAGUCAGAUGCUGCGUGGGUACCAGGCGGAUGCUUCAAAGGAACCUGCAGAUGGUGGGACGCCUCCUGCAAAUGUGAGGAUGAUAACGUUAUAUGGAAUUAUGAAUCGGUACGGUUGCCAACGACAGAUGUUGGCGUCGCAGCAGUCGAUUUCUGUUCUCGGCUUUUUGAGGAGGUCACCAAGCAGCAGUUGAAGAACGGAAAAGUCUAUUAUGGAAUGUCUCACACCAAUGCAAAUGAGUUGCCGGGCAUCCUAUCACAAAGCGUCAAAAAUACUUUGCGUGACCACAAUGCAGAGCAGUACUGCAAAGCGGCACUGUCUGGCAGAUAUGGAAAGUCCGACGUUCGCCCCGCCGUGGACCAACUUGUCCACCGUGAUCAGCAACCGACCACGACGAAGGCGCCCUCGCGAUACACAGAGAUCGUGAAGAUUGAGACGGAGAGCACCUCAGACAAAUCCUCAUGGCAGAAUUCGUUGCAACACGUCUGCCAAGAGGAGUGCAAGGAGAUUCUAGCUGCUAUCAAAGACAAUGCUAGCCAUAUUUUCCUUCAGGAGGUGAUGCGCAUUGAGCCGUUCGAGUCGGCAUGCUCUGACUUCGUGGUCAAACGAGUGGAAGCACACUUGAUGGGCUGUUGCGAGAAGGCUUGCGGAUGGAAUGGCCGGGUGUGCACCUAUUGGCCGUUCAUGAGGCAGCCAUCAAAGGUGAGGUGGCAACAAGAAUGCUGCUCUGAGUGGAACACCAUUCGCUUCUCGGACCGCGAGAUCAUGUGUGAUAGUGUGCUGCCAAAAGAGAAGCGCACGCUCAUGGAGCUUAUCGAUGCAGCUACAAAAAACAAUGGCCAGGCCUCUGAAAUUGGACAGGAUCUGCAGCUCUUUUGGACGGAGAUGGGUGCCAAAUCUCGAUUUGGCAGACUCGCCUGGGCGCGGCCAAACACAGAAGUCAAUCCGGAUUUCCUGUCCUCGCAGCCUCUCACUGUGAAGGAGGGUGCUGAUUUGAAGUUCUGGGAAAUCAAAGUCGUCCCCCGACCCGCUAUGAUCCAACUCAAAGCUGGCGCAGCUCAACCAGUCGACUGUACUCAGGUAUUCAAGAGUUGUGGCGAAGUGGCAGCUAGCUUCAAGAGCGACUGUGCAGAAAAGGACAAGUGGUACGACCUUCCUCCGUCGGAACUUACGAAUCUCAUGGCCGUGUUGAGCUCUACCGUCCUCAAGGAACCGCAGGAUCCCAUCCAGUGCCACCAGGAGUUCGUCAAGAGUUACCAUCCAACGGGCACUGUCAGCGCGACUUUUGAGAUGAAAAAUAAAGUAUGCAGACUUUAUCGUUACCCCAGUAAUCCAGAAGAUCCAGAAGAGCCGCAAGACACGUUGAAAGAAGCGCUGGGGAAUGCUGCGGAGCAGAUGGAGGUUGUGGGCCAUGUCCUGGACGUGACCGACAUGAUCUUCAUAGCAAAGACACUUGAGGGAGCGAAGGAAUCCUGA